AUGCGUUUAGGUACCUUUCCCCUUACAUGGAAGCAUGCCAUAAUAGUCCCAAUCCAUAAACCUGGUAAACAAGCAAACUCUCCCACAAGUUACAGACCAAUAAGCCUAUUACCAACCCUNUACCAGUUUGGCUUCAAAAAACAGCACUCCACAUGCCACCAGAUCCAACGUAUAUCAGAAAUAAUCGUACAUGGUUUUGAAAACAAAAAAUACACUAUAGCAGUUUUUCUCGAUUUAACACAAGCCUUUGAUAAGGUCUGGCAUCAUGGGCUUGAAAUAAAAUUGAAAGCACUUAAUCUUCCUAUGUACCUGUUAAAAACCAUCACAUCUUUCAUUACAGACAGAACAUUCCAAGUGAGAAUAGACACAAACCUAUCUCUACAACACAAAAUCAAAUCUGGAGUCCCACAAGGGUCAGUAUUGGGGCCAACGCUAUUUAACAUUUACUGCCAUGACAUACCCAACCCCUCUAACUCUCAACUGACAAUGUUUGCGGACGAUACAACAAUACUCACCCAAGAUAGCGUAUUAAACUUAUCAAUCGAAAAACUACAAUCUUCAUUAAACGAAAUUACCUCCUGGCUCAAAAAAUGGAAGCUGAAACUAAAUCCGACUAAAAGCGAGGCUAAAAUAUUUACCCUUAAAAGAUAUAACGAUCCAAUAAAUAUUAGCAUAAACAACCAGAUCAUACAAUGGAACAGAAAAGAUGACUCAGUCAAAUACCUUGGAGUUUUCCUCGAUGAAAAACUGACAUGGAAUAUUCACAUAAACAAAAAACUCACUCAGGGAUAUGCCAGGAUAAGAAUUCUCUACCCCUUAGUGAAUUAA